AUGGUGUUAAUUGGUGGUUUAGAUUGCAUUGAUAAUAGAAUUGAUAAUAAUAGUAUUCUUGAAAAUUCCAGUUAUUCUAAUUCCGAGAGUAGUUCUCCUUCCUCAUCAUUUUUAGGAGAUUAUAAUUCUUUAUUCACUUCUAACAUCUUUACUACAAAUGAAAAUAAUCUUGCAAAUGAGAAUAGAACGAUUCAUUCAUAUAGUGAUAGGUCUAAUAUGGUAUCCGAAUUUCAAAGGCAUUUAAUAUCAUCACCUGUCACAACGAAUCUUUCCAAACGAAAGAGAAAAGAUUCGGCAGUGAUGAGCAAAGAAAAAAAAGAAUUAAUUCAUAAAACCAUAAUUCAAAGAACUAUGUUUCCUCUUCACAAAUCUGAUGAUGAAUUAGUUAAAUGUAUUGAUUUUAGAUCAACCACAACAAAAAGUAUUUUUAAAUUCGAAAAAACUUCAUUGCCAAAACGUCGUAUUCGUGUUUUCGAUACUCCUUUCAGAGAUGAAUAUUCAACUAGUCCUUUUUCACAUGAAGUCAAGGAUUUAAUGAUGAUGCCAUGUAAACCAGAGAGAAUCAUUAAUCCGACACCAUAUCAAAUGUUAGCAUUCUGUAAUGAAUUGAUUCUCAAGAUGACGAAAUUAUGUGAUUUGGGUUCAUUAAAUUCAGUUACGUCUGUCAAAUGGCUUUCUCAGGGAACUCAACUUGCUAUCGGUACAGCAGAAGGUAAUGUGCAAAUUUGGGAUGUUCAAAAAUUUGAAAAGAUUCGUGACAUGGAGUGUCAUAAAGCGCGAGUUGGAACUAUUGCAUGGAAAGAUAAUCUUAUAUCAACUGGUAGCGCAGACCGUUAUAUUUUUCAUAGAGAUCCAAGAAUUCCUCGUGACAUUACUCGGGAUCAAUUGGCAAGUGGAGGAAAUGCCAAUGAACUCUUUAUAUGGGAAGAAAAUAAAUAUGAACCAUUUCAUAAACUUGAUGGGCAUAAAGCUGCCGUUCGUGCUCUUUCUUGGAGCCCUCAUACACGAAAUUUAUUAGUUAGUGGAGGUGGUCAUUUAGAUCGUCAAAUUCGCUUCUGGAAUACUUUAGACGCAAGAUGUUUAUCAAGUCAUAAUGUUUGCAACUUACAAUGGUCACCAAAUGCAAAUGAAAUCGUUUCUACUCACGGAUGGUGGAAAAACGAUAUAGUUGUAUGGAAAUAUCCUUCAAUGGAAAAAUUUGUCACAUUAAAAGGACACACAUUUCGUGUACUUUAUUUCGCUUUAUCUCCUAAUGGGGAAGAUAUUGUUACUGGGGCAGGUGGUGACGAUAAUACUUUAAGAUUCUGGAAAUUAUUUAAUACUCCACCCAAGAAUAAAAAGAAAGUAAUGAAAUUCGGAUUAAAGUUGGAUGGAUUAAUUCGUUAA